CAUGAGAGCUAUCCACAUAUACUGAGGCUCUCUCACUUUAAUCUGUCUUUUACACACAGCUCCUAACACAGCUUCUAUGAAAUAUAUGGGAGAUGACACUACUAUAUAAAAACUCUUAAGAAGUUACAGAACAAGAAUAGCAAGCAGGAAUUUUCUUAAGGUCAUCAGGCUUUUUAAAAAAAAUCAGGGUAUGUCUUGCAUAAUGUGUUUGUCCCUCUUUUGCUGCAGGUGAACAAAACUACAGGAUCUACUCAUUCUACCUAGAAUUUCCCUGCAAGAAGAAUGGGCUGCAAUCGAAACUGCGGGCUCAUCACUGGUGCUGUCAUUGGUGCGGUUGUGGCUCUGUUCGGAGGGAUUCUAAUGCCAGUUGGAGACAUGCUUAUUGAGAAGACAGUUAAAAAGGAAUCUGUCCUUGAAGAAGGUACAAUUGCUUUUAAAAAUUGGGUUAAAGCAGGUGCUAAUGUUUACAGACAGUUUUGGAUAUUUGAUGUGCAGAAUCCAGACGAAGUGGCACUUAAUAGCAGCAAAAUUAAAGUUAAGCAAAGAGGUCCUUACACGUACAGAGUCCGUUAUCUAGCCAAGGAUAUUAUAACCCAAGACUCUAAGACCCACACAGUUUCUUUCCUACGGCCCAAAGGUGCCAUUUUUGAACCCUCGCUAUCAGUUGGAACAGAGAAUGACACAUUCACUGUUCUCAACCUGGCUGUAGCAGCUACACCCCAUCUCUAUCCAAGCACAUUUGUUCAGAUAAUACUCAAUGUACUUAUCAAAAACUCAAACUCUUUUAUGUUUCAAAAGAGAACUCUAAAGGAACUAUUGUGGGGCUAUAAGGAUCCAUUCUUGAGUUUGGUUCCAUACUCUAUUCCUACCACAGUUGGUGUGUUUUACCCUUACAACAAUACUACAGAUGGAGUUUAUAAAGUUUUCAGUGGAAAAGAUGACAUAAGCAAAGUUGCCAGAAUUGACACAUAUAAAGGCAAAAAGCAUCUCUCCUAUUGGCCAAGUUAUUGUGGAAUGAUUAAUGGUACAGACGGAGCCACAUUUCCACCUUUCAUUGAGAAGACUCAGGUACUACGAUUCUUUUCCGCUGACAUUUGCAGGUCAUUUUACGCUGUGUUUGGAGCCGAAAUUAAUCUAAAAGGAAUCCCUGUGUAUAGAUUUGUUCUUCCAUCCAGGGUUUUUGCAUCUCCACUUCAAAAUCCAGACAACCAUUGUUUCUGCACAGAAAAAAUUAUCUCCAAGGAUUGCACCUUAUAUGGUGUGCUAGAUAUUAGCAAAUGCAAAGAAGGAAGACCUGUGUACAUUUCACUUCCUCAUUUUCUACAUGCAAGUCCUGAAAUUGCAGAACCUAUUGAAGGCUUAAGUCCAAAUGAAGAGGAACACAGCACAUACUUAGAUGUUGAACCUAUAACUGGAUUCACUUUACAAUUUGCACAACGGCUGCAGAUCAAUAUGCUAGUUAAGCCAGCAAAAAAUAUUGUAGCAUUAAAGGGUCUGAAGCACAACUAUUUGGUGCCUAUUCUUUGGCUUAAUGAGACUGCCACUAUUGGUGAUGAGAAGGCAGAAAUGUUCAAAAAUCAAGUGACUGGAAAAAUAAACCUCCUUGCCCUGAUAGAAAUGAUCUUAAUGAGUGUUGGUGCAGUGAUAUUUAUUGCUUUUACAAUAUCAUACUGUGCAUGUAGACUGAAGAAUGCAAAAUAAGAAGCAAAUGAGUCUUUGUGCACCAGUUACAUCAGGACCAUUAUUAAUAUCGACCUACAAAAUGAAGAUUUAAUAUGCUUUAUUUUUGCAAAAUAUACCUUAUAGUUGAAUAACUUGUGUCCCUUUUUUUUUUUGCACUGAGCAGUAGCACAUUUCAAAGGAUUAUUAAAAUGUCAUUAAAAUCCAUACUUUGAACAACAACAAAAGCACCUUUUAAAAUUCGACAUGUUCACAAUGGAAUGGAUUUCAGUUUCUACAGAUGUGGCUUGGGUACAAUCCAGUAUUUUUAUUUCUCCAUGGAUCUUCCCAACCCAGGGAUUGAACCCAGGCCUCCUGCAUUACAGAUGGAUUCUUUACCAGCUGAGCCACCAGGAAAGCCCAGCUCUUCUGGAAACCUGAGCUAAUUUUCAUCUUUCUGCUCAGCUGCAUACAGCUUAUGCUUGGAAACUUCAGAAUGCUGUGCUAUUACUAAGAGGUGUAAAUGAUAAUCCAGAUAUUAUUGUGCGGAAGAUCAUCAAGUACAUAAUGUGCAUUCAGAGUUAUUUGUUGUAAUAUUUCUUGCUUUCAUAGUCACCCCAGAAAGACUGGUUUCAAACAUUAAAAGAUACUGUUUCUCAAAA